AUGACAACCCUGUCUAAGUACAAGUUUCCCCUCAAGCUAGACUUUUGGGGAUAUGGCCUUGAUACGACAAAAGCCGAAAGCUGGGACCAGGCUAAUUGGCUGUGGAGAGAGUUUAGAGAGUCGAACGGAGGGUGGAAGGAAGAAUGGUUUAAGAAGGGAAGUACAGAAGCUUGGAAAUUGCUCGUGAAGUUCUUGGUAACUCGAGGAGUGUACGUUAAGACGCUUCCUUUAGCUCCAGGCUCUUCGUAUGCGAAACUGUUGUAUGAGGUGAGUAUGGAGGAGGCCCCAGCGGAAUGGACGGACGAAGAGAGGAAGAUAUACAAAGAGAAGUUUGGUGUUGAUACUCUCCGACACACAUUACCUCGACAAGAUAUCGAGCGAAACCCUACUCGGACACUCCCUCCAGAGGGAAUACCCAUCGUACGACCAACAAUCGAAGCACGAGAGGACCCUUAG